AUGAAGCAUCUUCUCAUCGUUGUUACAUUUACCGCAAGCGCCAUAGCCCUUACUGCUCGAGAUGGAAAUUGCUGUUUCCAUCUCACGGCCUCCGGUAGUGUUUCUGGUUCUGUAGGCCAAUUAAGCGACGGACAAAACCGUAUCGGAGACAACAGUCUGUCGCCUGCGGAAUUUUGCAUUAGCUCAAGUGGCUCUAUUACCGAUGGAAGUGGUAGGGGAUGUAUCUUAACUCCACCAACUACUCAAUUUCAGUGUGACGUCGGAGCGACUCCGACUUCUGGAUUCUCUAUCGACUCUUCUGGCAUGCUGGAAUUUGACGGAAGUGACACAUUUAUUGCUUGCGAAACUGGUCAAAAUGGAGGAUUGAAUAUCUAUACCACCGAAAGCAGUGCACUCAGUCAAUGCAGGAAAAUCCGCCUUUCUGCAGACUCUUGUUCUGCAUCUUCCACCUCGCCAAGCACAUCGCCUUCUUCCAACAAUUGUGGGACUACUUUAUCGACUGGAAGCUUUGAGUUUCCUCAUUUGAUUGUCCCUGUGAAUUCACAGUCACCAGAUACUGCAUUUGGGACUCAGUUUAAUGGCACAGUGACCUCCGACAUUUCAAGCAUAUUCAAUUUCGACAUUCCUCAAUCUGAUUCUGAGAAAACAUGCAGCCUGGUUUUCCUUUUCCCUCACAAAGCGGACCUUGAGACGUCAUCCUUUACCUUUACGGGUGAUGGAAAAAUUGAUUUUGCUGAACUAUCUGCGCCUGCAUCCAGCACCACUACCUUCAAAAAUGCCCCUGAUAUUUCUAAUGACCUGGGAGAAAUUCAAAUUUCCCCAGGAAACUCUUUCGUCGUUUCAACCUUCACAUGCCCUGCUGGAAAGACAGUUGCCUUCGAAAUGAGUACCAGUGGUGACACUGAUCUUGAUUUCUUCCAAGAUUUCAACCCCGCUCCGCUGGGUCUCUUCAUCACUGUCUGCUAA